CGCGCACAGGGGCCAUUCCCUGAGCCAGAAGAGUGAGUCACCAGCCUGUUCUGCUGGGGCCUUGGCUACUGCCCCCUUCCCAGCAGGCUGUUCUGCUGCUGAACAUGUCUGCGUUUAGGCUGGCGGAACUAGGAGAAAGGCCUGUCUCUGGUUUGUCUGAUCACCUGCCAAUGAACGGGGUAGAAGGAUCAGGGGUGGGGUCCACUUGCUGUGUUGUAUGAUGUGUAUUACGGCUUCAGAGAAAGACUGGGCCCUCUCAGAGACUUAGAGGCCACCCUAGCACAGACUUCCACACAUGUACAAUGGUACCUCAGGUUAAGUACUUAAUUCAUUCCGGAGGUCCGUACUUAACCUGAAACUGUUCUUAACCUGAAGCACCACUUUAGCUAAUGGGGCCUCCUGCUGCUGCCGCGCCGCCGAAGCACGAUUUCUGUUCUCAUCCUGAAGCAAAGUUCUUAACCCAAGUUAAUAUUUCUGGGUUAGGGGAGUCUGUAACCUGAAGCGUAUGUAACCCUGUAUGUAUGUACCACUGUAUCGCUAUCCAAAUGUAAUGCAUUCUCAGGAACACAUUGUUUUCGUUAGGCGAGCAUUCACAUAACAAGUUGACAGUUGCUGGUAUUCCUAUGAGAAAUUUUCUAAUGCGUUCCCAGCCAUGGAAUUUUGACCCCCAAAUGAUGGGGGGAAACAGGAAACCCCUACGAAACCUUGUAAAAAGCAAAUAAGGAAGGGGGGGGGAAAUACUCUCUUGUUUGUCCCAUCUUUCCCCCUUCCCCCUCCCUCCCAACAUGGUUUCUGCUGCGGACAAGCAAAACACAAAGAAGCAAGGCUUGUUUACGGCUGCUUAUUUGUUUACAGUAUUACACACAGGUCUGGCUGUUUGUAUAUCUGAAUCAGUGUUGUGUAUAGUGAGGUUUGGGUACUAAUUCAUCAUAUUUGGAUGUGACUUUUGUAUAACAAGCAUAUAGCAGUGCUGCAGCUAUUGGGGGGGGGGCUAGCCGGGUUUUUUGCCCCAGGUGAAGCCUCCAGAGAGGUGCCAUUGGGGAUCCCAGCCUAUGUGUGUUGUUGUUGUUUAGUCGUUUAGUCAUGUCUGACUCUUCGUGACUGCAUGGACCAGAGCACGCCAGGCACUCCUGUCUUCCACUGCCUCCCACAGUUUAGUCAAACUCAUGUUGGUAGCUUCGAGAACACUAUCCAACCAUCUCGUCCUCUGUCGUCCCCUUCUCCUUGUGCCCUCCAUCUUUCCCAACAUCAAGGUCUUUUCCAGGGAGUCUUCUCUUCUCAUGAGGUGGCCAAAGUAUUGGAGUCUCAGCUUCAGGAUCUGUCCCUCCAGUGAGCACUCAGGGCUGAUUUCCUUCAGAAUGGAUAGGUUGGCCUAUGUGUAUUUAGAUGCAAAUGCAUGUGGGUGGGUGCUAAACUGGGUCUUUGGCCUGGGGGAAAUAAAGCCUAGUUUUGUCCCUGAGUUUUGAUAGGAGGAGCUGUGUGUACAUUGCUUCCUCCACCUCCAAUACUGUUGGACCACAACUCCCAUGAUAUAUGUGCUAUGUUGUAUGAGGUAUAUUAUACAAGAUUAACUUUACUCCAGACCAGCUCACAGCUUCAGAGAAAAACUGGGCCCCCUCUGAGUCUUAGGAGCCACAGCACAGCCUUCCCCAAUCAAUACAUUGUCUCCCUGAUAUUCUUGGACUACAACUCCCAUAAACCCUGACCCAUUGGCCACACUUACUAGAGCUGAUGGGAGUUGUACUCCAAAAUACCUGAAAAGCACCAGGAUGGGGAAUAUUUCUGUACUGGUUUGCUGGAACUCACAAGUGAGGAGAGAACCCCUUUGCACUCCUGUCCCGCUUUUGGGCUUUGCCCAGGUGUCUGGUAGGCCAUUUGAGGCCAGGGUGCAGGAGGGCCUUUGGUCUGAUCCAGCGGGGCUCUUGCUAUGUUGUUAUGCCAAAGCAAGUCAUGGGGUAGCCUCCUCCCCAAGUGGCCUUCCAGUGGGGCAGGGUGGUGCAACAGGUUUCUCUCACAAUUAAGGGCUGUUAGUGGGAGACAGAGAGGCCUGCCCACUGAAGCAUAAUCCUCUAGGAAGAGUACAGUAGGAUAAGGCAUUUUACUGAGGCUUCUCCAGCAGAAAUUCCCAAUGGAAAGCAUCUCCUAUGACCUUGUGUGUGCGUGCAUGCAUGCAUGUGUUUGAAUUCUCAAUCUCAGGGACCAGAAAUGUUGUGGACUGAAGGAAUGACUAACACAAGCUCCACAUGGGACUGUGAUGACAGACUCUCAACAAGCCAGUUCAGGGUGAAGGAAACUUUUUUUUGCAGGGGAGGAGGCAGGAAAGCAUCUUGGCCUUGGCACCCCUCGCCACGCAUCUCCCAAGACUGCUUUUGACUGGUUGGAAUGUAUCAUUGAGCUGUGAUAAUGCCUCUUGCUUGCCUGCAAGGAGGAGUGUGUGCAAGUGUGUAAAUACUUCUGACCAUUUGCGUAGUCGUAGCCGGAAGGUGAAAGCUGACUUUACAAAGGUAAGAGUCAAAUCCAUUGCCCCACCCACUUUUAUCUCUGGUCUCACCUGCCACCAGCAUACAGCCCCUUUCUGCCCAAAUGUUGUCUAUGUAGGAAUGUGGCCCUCAGGCUGAAAAACGUGCCCCACCCUUCCUAUAAAUUGUCAGGGGCAGCCGGAGAAGUGGAUGGGUGUGGUUGUAUGGGGACAGUAUUUGUGUAUGAAUACUUAUGUGCAUUUAUGUGCUCACAUAGUGCUCUGGGUCAGCGUGUGUGUGUAUGUAAGAGAGAGAGAGAGAGAGAGAGAGAGAGAGAGAGAGAGAGAACAUUUGGGUAUGCAAGUGAGUGUAAAAGUGUGUUGUGUGUGCAGUUUGAGUACAAAUUGUUUCAUGUGUGUUCUUCUACGUGUGCUCUGUGCAUAAGGCCCUGCAGUUGGAAUCCUUGGUGCAUCAUUCUCCAUACAUGCCCCCCUCCAGUCCAUUUUUCCAUGACCUGCCUGUAUAACCUUGCGGGUUUACUCUUUUCAGGUGUGUUUCUUUUGCAUGGGUGUAUGGCUUUCAAUAUAUCUGUGUACACAUAUGCAAGUGCCAUGUCACUCUGAGGGGAUUGGAGUGGAGAUGUUUCUGAAUACGUGUCUCUUUCUGGACAUGCAUGUAUCAGGCUCUAGGUGGCUAGCACACAUCUGAGCACUGUUUGGAUUCUGCAAGCUUCCCCACCCCUGGUGUAAACAAGCACUGAGUGAGCUGAAGCCAAAAGGGUCCCUGCAGAUUUACUCUGCUUCCCUUGUUGCCCUUCAUCCCGUAGAAAGGAAGACUCCUGGGGUCUGAGCUGUUUUUUCAGUCUUUCCACGUUCCACUUGAAUUAAAAGGGAAGUGGGGAGGGGGAGAAGGGGGAGCGUUGGGCACCCACAGGCUGUAAUGAAAAGCCUUCUGUGAGUUUCCCUCCCUCUCUUGUCUGUCUGUCUGUCUCCUUCCAGCUCUGGGCACAUUAGCAGACACAGCUGAGACUAGACCAGUCUUUCUAGUGCUGUUUCCUUGUUCCACGUUGCCCUUUGGUGUAACUCUGCACCCUCCCAGCCUGUAGCAGCAGCAGCAGUUCCCCACUGAUGCUGGGGAGGGAACCACGUGUGUGCAUUUUCCUGCCAGUCUGGAUUGAUGUUGCCAUGCUAAUCUGGGUGCGCAGAGCCGGCUGGCUGUGGGAUUUGAGCUGUGCUGGGAGGGGAGCUAGGAGAUGGACAGGGGCACAAACAAGCUCAAAGGUGGAGGCAGGGCCAUGCCAACUGCAAGGCAGGGAUGGUGGGAUACAAAAGGGCGAAGGUGCACCAGAAUAAAGAGGUGAUUGUGCAGCAAAUUCACGCAUAGAUCCAGAGCGAGGGCUUCAGUUCAAUGGCAGUAAACCUCAUUGGGUGUGGCAGAAGGGAAGACGGCAAGAAGAAAGCAGCACUCAGUUCAGGAAGGAUUUAUAAAGCUUUUUAAGAGAACGAAACAGGGAAACAAUUUUAAUAGAAAGGCUGAGUCAAAACAACCUAAACCAGAGGUGGGAACCUGAUUUCCAACUUCCAUAGUCCCAGCAAAGUGCUUAGGGAUGAUGGGAGUUGAAAUCCAGCAGUAUCUACAGGGUUCUGUAUCCAUGGCCAAGGCACAGGCACACAAACGUAAGAACUGCCUGCCCGAAUCAUCCAAAAGUGUGUUUAAAAUUCUCUUUGGCUGCAUUCAAACAGUACUUUAUUCCAUUUCCCCGACAUCUCCAUAUGUGAUCUUUCACACAGCCAGAAAACUAAUUCUGGUAAUCUAGCAGAAUCUAGUGGAAGCUGGGUGCUUGUUUCCACAUUUAAUCGCUUCCAGAAAAAGUCCAUUUGCAACCUGGAAAAUCACAGGUUGAAAUUUGGGGUGGCCAGCAUGGUGGCACACAGUUGUUUCCUGCCAUUUUCCGGGUGUGUGUGUGUGUGUGCACAUGACAUAAAAGAUGGGACGACGGCAACAUAUCCAGUGACGUCUGCUGUUGUGUCACACCACACCCCCUGGAGCGAAUGAAAUUUGGCACAACAUGACAGUAUAUCAGCUAAAGAGCCACAGCUCCGUAAUGAAACUGGGACAGAAGCGCUAGAGUUAUAAGCUGGAAAACUAAUGCAGCAAGCUCCCUUUCUGAAUGCACCUUUUCUAACAACAGCCAGCCAGAUUUGUUUGUUAUGGAAAGAACCACAGCUCAAUGGUGAAGCACAUGCUUCACAUGCAGAAAGAACGCCUCAAGUUCAAUCUCUGGCCACCUCAAGUUAAAAUAGGGGCAAGAAAUCUUCAUCUUGAGGGCCACAUUCUGAGCAACUAUCCAAGGGCCACAUGCCAGAGGUGGGCAGGCCAGAGGGGAAAAUGGGCUAGUAGACUAGUUUCCACACACAUUCACACCCCACUCUGUCCUCCAUUCAGGCAAGCAAAAGACAUUAUCAGAGUUCAAGAACACAUUCCAUCCAUGAUGUGGGAUGUAGCUUACAGAGAUAGGAGAUGGCCUGGGAAGAAUCUUGAGAGUGGGAGAGGCCUGGAGGGCUGCACUGGAUCCCUGGGCCUGAGGUGUCCCCCCCCCACCAUUAGCUAAAAGGAUUUCGGAAAGCAGGUGAUGGGGGGGGGACCUCUCUUUUCCUUAGACCCUGGAGAACCACUUCCAGUAACAGUCAAUGUGAAGAUCUCAUACUGGUCCACAAACCACUGGAGGUCUGUGGGUGCCAUCCAGGUGGUCCACAGAAAAGUUGCAGAACAGUAAAUACAUAUAUCGGUACUUGGCAGACCUGCACAUGAUUGAUUUUUUCCUGGCAGAGAUCAAGGCUGUUUUGAUCAGGGCUGGAUUAUCAGACAGGCUAACAAGGCCCUGGGCUAGGACCUAUGAUUUUCAUAAAACUCUGCUGCUUUUUGACAAUGUUCAAGAAGUUCCUGUAUGUUCCCCUCCCCAACAGGUUAUAGAACAUCAGUUCAUUAUCCAAUAAAAAUCCAUUUGGUUACAUCUCAGGAAAUGCUAACCAUUUCUCCUGUUCAUUUUAAACUUGACCGAAUUCUAUCUGACUGUCUUUAAAUGUUAAGCAGAAUAUGGCAGCAUGACCCUAUUAGCAAUCAUGGUCAGCGAACCAGUGUGGUGCAGUAUUUAAAGCCAUAAAGCUCAGUGGGGACCUAGAGCCAGUUGCUAUCCCUCAACCUAUCGCAUCUCGCUUAAUCUUUGUAAAGAUAAAAUGAGGAAGAAGAACUAUGUUAGCAUCCCUACACGUUUUGAGAGGAAAAGUGGGAUAUAAAUAGUGUCUACUAAUAAUUGCAAUAAUAAUUUCCCAUACCUGCAUCAACUCCCAAGGCUCAGUAGAUGGUGCUAACUUCUUCGCAGAAUCUGCCACCAAUUUUUGCAGCUGCGAAUAACUUUAAAGCCAUUUCGUUUCCUCCUCUCCUGACAGAAUCUUUCCAGCGCGUACCAGUCGUAUAAACAUCCGGUUCAGCUGGCAGCAAAAUACCUGAAAUGGCUUCAAAUAUUCUUUCCUUUUUCUUUUUUCCACAUGAGCUGUCCAAAAACACCACCACCACCACCACACACACGCAACAACAAAAUAUUUCCAAAAUCCUAAGGGCAUAAUCGAAGCAAAAUUCAGCACUGUAAAGACCCACAAUUUAAGCCUACGCUUCAGUGCCCCAGUGAAAUCUACAAAGGUUAGAAGAAGCACUUAACAUUUUGUCUGGUUCGCGGCCCAUGAUUUGCAUCUGAGUUAGCACUGGCUUUUGAGGUGUGAGAUCAAGACCCUGCUUCAGCCAGGGCUCACUGGGUGGCCUUGGCAUGUAAGGGCACAUGGCAGCUGCUUGCACUCCUGGUUUGGCACUGCACAGCUGGAAACAGAGGACUUGUCUCUGGGAAAAAAUCAGGUAUGUCUCCUCCCAGGACACCCUACUGCCAAACUAAAGAGCCAGCUCUGCAGACAAUAUUGCCUGCAGAGCCCUGCUCAGUCACACAGAAGGGCAGGGCUGAUGCGUUUUGUAGCCUCUGUGGACCAGUGUGGAUUAGGCCCAUCACAAGACUACAGCCAGCUUCCAAAAACAAGCAGUCAUAGAGGUAGCAUGGAUUGCUGUGUCUUCUGCUUUGUUUUCCAUUGGUAAAAUGGGAAUAUGUUGGGUCUAUCUUAAUGAUGGCCAGCUCAGAGAUGCAGCUAACAUUGGACCUCAGGGCUGAAAUCCAGGGCCCACAGACCAGUCUCCCCUCCAAAAAAAUGAUUAACCUGAGAGUGGCAGAUGAUAGAGGCAGCAGCAAACAGGACCAAUGUAAUGACCUGGGCCAGCACUCACACAUUCCACUGGCUGGGGCUGACACUAGUCACUGCAGUGCAGUAUCUUCUUAUUCAAAACAAAACAAAAACAAAAACAUUUUAUAGUCAGGGGUUGGCUGGCCAAGCAUGUGCAUGAUUACAGAUGCUGACUUUAUUGUGUUUGCUUUUCAAAUGUAUUAUAAUUCUCUACAACAGAAUUGUGCUUUCCCCAAAGUAAAUGUGUUCAUGGCAUCAGGGCAACGGAAGCAAACUCCAUUUUAUACCUGCAGUCAUGAUCAAACUGUGAUUUAAGAGUGUAUAAUGUGAAGCUGCACAUGUUCAAGAGAUUCCCACCCCCCAACAUAUCAGGAAUGUAGAUGUACAUUCCUGCAACUUACGUGCAUUUAACUUCAGUUUUACGCUUGUGGCCAAAACCCCCAAUUUUUUAAGGGGGGGGUUGAGGUCAUGGGGAAAAUGACUUGGGCAAUCCCACCCACCAUUGAAUCCAAUGGGUUUUGAAUACACACAAUUUUGGCUUUAGGCGCGAUCCCCGGAACGUAACCCCCGCGGAUGUUGCAGGCUUAUUGCAGUUGCAAAGUAUGUAAUAAUGAUGUGGGGCUAAACAGUGGUUUCCCCUGAAAACAGCAGGACAAGUGGAUGAGCCCUCAAUCUGCUCUCAGUCUACCCCCACCUGCCUGUCACCAGCACAGGGGGUGAAUCUGGCUGUCUUUGGCUCUGGCUUCACCUAUUGCUGGUCUUCCUAUCAGUGGUGUCCAAACUUUUUUCAAAGAGGGCGAGAUUUGAUGAAGUCAAGGGCUGUGGGGGCCAACCAAAGUUGUCGACCUUUUCUAGGAUUGACAGCUUUUUUCAGGGUUGGAGUUGUUGAUCUUCUUUUAGGGUUGAAGUUGGUACAUUUUUUAAGGAUUUUACCCCAGGAAAUAAACUUCCACAGGGGCCAGAUUAAACUGACCGGCAGGCCAGAUUAGGCCCCCGAAGUGGACUUUGGACGUGCCUGCCUUGUUCCAGUGGACACCAGUCCACCCCUGCAUUCUCAGUUGGCUCCUUACUGGUAGCUUCUUCUAUAAACAUUAAUGCUUGGAAUGCAUCAAGUGUUUUACUAUUUUUUAUGCGUUAUUGCCAUGAAAAAACUGAGGUAUGUCUACCUUCCUUUUGUGCCACACUGUGCCAACUUUCCUUUUGUCUGAGAUACCACUUGAUUAAAGCACUCUGAUAUAUGUUUGUCAAAUGUAAAUGAAUGUCUAUACUGGGCAAUUCACUCUCCGCUUAUCUUGAUGGCUCACCUAUUUCUUUGAAGUGCCAAGAGAUCUCGUUAGUAUUGUAGUAUUUCUAAAGGGAUUUAUGUUUUGAGAUCUACAUAGUAAUUGAGUUUUAGCUCCAGAGGAAAUUAAUUUUACUAACCGCCUGACCAUGAGAAUCUGUUCAAUGUUAAGAACCCCAUCAUUUUUUAGGUCACCCACCUCUCCCAAGCAUCGGAAGGGGAUGGGAAGGGGGAAAGACAAAGGAAGGGUGGAAGACUUGAGUUUGUCUGGAUACUUGGAAGCUACCUUUUGCUUUCCACAAUAUAGGCUGCAUUUGCUUCAAGUCAAAGAACCCUGGAUUCUUAGCUCACAAAGGCUCUGUUCAGAUGCGAUGCAAAACCAUGAUUUGGUUCUAGGUGAACAAGCCUUCCUGCUUCUCAGAUUUGUGUACAGUGAUUCCCGACUUCCCAGUCCUAAGUUAGGGUAAACCGUAGUUUGCCUUUUUGUCCAAACAGUCAAGCUGUGGGGUUGUGUUUGCCUGUAAAUCAGGAUCACAAACCAAUGUGUGUGUCCCCUGCCCCCCCGGUUUCUGAUCCUGGCUUGCAGGAUCACCCCAGGCCAUAGUUUGUUGGUUCAGGUGCAAUGACAAGCUGUAAUAUGGUGGAUGGAGCCAUCUAUUUCUGGUCCAUGUCAGUUUCACAUGUGCUCAUUCAUAAUUCUUUUCCAUCUCCCUUCUGUAUUAAUCCGUGGUUUUCUUUUUUAAAAAAAAUCCUCAUGUAUAAAUAGUAUUUUCUCACAAAAUACACAUUUCCAUUUUUAUUCUUUUUUUAUUAUUAAAUUUUAACAAACUGUCCAAAAAUAAAAUAAAAACCAUAUCAAGAACAGUAUUUUCAAACACACAAACAAAACUGUAAGUAAAACCAAUUUCAAAUCUAAAAUUAAGGAUUCCCCAAAUCCUGUGACUUCCCUCCACCCCAUCCUCUGGUUCCUUAAUUUUCCUUUCCCACUGCAUAUCAUUAUUACUCCAAAAAAAAUUUCAUCCAAUUUCUUUCAUAGUUUCUCUAAAAUUACAAGUGCUCUUAAAAUCCUGCCAGUGUUUUAACAUGUUUACAAUACUUUUGAAUAUAUAAAAUGAACAUUUCCCAAUCCUUUCUAAAAAUCUUAUCGUCUUGGUUUCUGAGCUUUACAGUUAUUUUCACCAUUUCAGCAUAUUCCAUUAAUUUAUUUUGCCAAUCUUCUUUGGUCGGGAUGGUUUCUUUUUUCCAUCUUUGAGCUAACAAGUGGCGGUCGUAGCAUGCAUAAACAAAUUCUUCUGUUCUUUUGGCACCUCCGCUCCUACAACUCCUAAUAGAAAGGCUUCUGGUUAUUUUACAAAAGGUAUGCUAAACAUUUUUUUCAUUUCAUUAUAAAUCAUUUCCCAGAAUUUUUUAACAAUCUCACAUUUCCACCACAUAUGAUAAAAUGUACCUUCCAAUUGUUUGCAUUUCCAACACUUGUUGGAUCCUUUUCUGUACAUUUCCAUUUUUAAUGUCUUGUGUACUUUGCAUGAUUUCAUUGUAUGUUUAUAAUUUUAUUUUAUUUUCUAAAGUACAGAUUUCUAAACCUUUUCUCUCAAAAGUAUUUCUAAAUUUUAUCCUAAAAUGUGUAUUUUUAUAUGCAUUUUGGUACCAUUUCUGAGCAGAGAAACACGUCUCAAAAUUUUAAGAUAACUAACUGUUGAAUAACUAUAUUCAUCCAGGAAGUCAGUACAUACCGAAAUCCACAAAGAAUGAAUGAAAUAAUCAAGCAUCCCUAAACUGUAGUUUGCCUCAAACUAGAUCUGGGAAUUAUGCACAAGAGAAGGGAACAUGUGAACCUGAGCCUUCAUACCACAUCAAACUUGUAAUGGCAUAAUUUUUAAAAUUUAUUAAUAAAAUAUUUCUGUCCUGCCUUUUGACUUCACAUGCCCAUAAGCAGCUCAAAAUCACAAGUUAAAAACAUAACUUUAUGUGCCCAUGGUAUGGUCAGUACCUGGAUUGGUGACUACCUUGGAACUGCAUGUAUGCCAUCUUUGGUUCUGUUAAGGAAGAAAGUGGGAUAUAGAUGUAAUAAAAUAAUACAAUAGAAAGAAUAAAAGCAAAAUGUUUGUCAGUCCCAAGAACUGGUAAAAAGAGAGAGGAUUUAACAUUUGAAAGUCAUCAGAAAGGAGACCAUGCAGGCCUCCCAAGGUAGGAAGCUCCACCAUCUGGUCAUGCCCACCCAACUGGGCUCCUGAGCACAGCUGUAGGGCACAGAGCAAAGCUUCCAUUGAAGAGCACCAUGGGCAGGCUCAUGUGAGGGAAGGCUGACCCUUCAAAUACACUGUUUAGGGCAUUGCAUCUGGACAUGCCAGAGGUGCUGUUUUAUGACCUAAAAUCCGGAACUAUCAAAACAAGUCAGACCAUCACUUUGGCCAGCCAAAUCCCAGAGAAGGAGGAGUUGGUGUGCAGAGGCUUUUUUCUGUUUGUUUGUUUUUCAGAAGUAAGCGCCUGUAACUCAGUGCUAUAUUCGAUCUUUUCAGAAAUAGCGCCUUUAUUUUCUCUGUAAGUUUGUGUGUUUGUGAUUCUUCACAUUUCUUAGCCUUAUAAAACUGCUGGACACUCUAUCAAGUUGUGCUGUGUUUCCAGUUGGACUUCCUUUAUGGAUUAAAUAGGAAACCAAUGGCAGGCUGCAGUUUGGGAGGGUCUUGAUAAUGGACUUUCAACUGGUGGGUGAGGGCAAUGGUGCACAUAGCCAAAGUAAUGUUCUGCCAGGACUCAUUUCUUGUGACCAUGCUUGCUGGGGCUAAUGGGAGUUGAGAGCCCAGUGGCACCUAGAGAACCACAGGUUCCCUAUCCUUGCUUCACAUCAGGAGUGGUUAACCUGUGGCUUUUCAGACAUUGCUGAACCGCAACUCCCAUGAACCCUAGUCAGUGUGUCCAGUGGUUAGGCAUGAUGGGAGUUGUAGUUCAGCAAGAUCUGGAAAGGUAACAAGUUCUCCACCUCUGCCUUAGAUAAUGUUGCAUCUUUAAAUAGUCUUACAGGGAGGGCUCUUUGGAUGACAGUGUGCGCUGUUUCACUUACUUCAAUGUGUGGUAAGCCAGCCCUGUUGCAUUGGGGGCCUUUCUGAUGGGUGGGUACUUGAUCUUCUGCCCCAGAGUCCUGCCCUGACAGCAUCCAGAUGUGUGACACCAUGGGCACCACCAACUUUUCUUUUUCUUUUGGAUUUUAUUUAUCUUCUAAAAGAAGUAGGAAGAGAGAAGGAAACAAGGGGGUGGGGAGAUCAGAAGUGGUUGGAAGAAUGAAUUCCAUUCCUUUAAAUGCCUGUGAAGAUGAAAUCAUUUUGACAGGAACAGUUUUUCCCAUCACUGCAUAAGAAGCAGCAAUUGCCAAAAUUCUCUCUUCUGUACAGCAGUGAAAGAUACAGGAGCGUUCUCUGCAUAAGCAGAAGCAAAUAUGGGGACCAUGUGACAAUUUUUUUAAAAAAAGGAAAUAAAUUGAACCCCAUGAUGUAUCAUCAGGUUACAGGUGGCCCCUGGGUCUGAAAAGGUCUUCAUAACCCCAGCUCAUUUAUUUGGGAGUUGUUUAAAGUCAGUAACAGUAAACAACAAGGCUAUAGCGAGCAUAUGAAUUUGGGUGCAGCUGAGACAGUGUGUAUGAAAGCCAAAGAGAGAUGCUACACGGCAGGUGUAGAAUAUCUGUACGUAUUGCAAUGUCUGAGAACAAUUUUUCAUUUCUUCCCCACGUCAAACUCUUGACCAAAAUUCACACCACACCUUGAUUUAAAUAUUGGUUAGGGUUAUCAGAGGCAUGAUAAAACAGAUUUGGGCACUAGAUCUGGCCCCCAGGCUGCCAAUUGGCCACACUUGAUCACUCCUGAUCUACCUUGCCAAGUAGUCGUGAAGCUCGUCGAGUUGGAAUUUUAUGUCCUGUUCAAUAAAUAGACACACAGAUGCAUGCCUGCAAAAUAGCACACAUCCAGGCAUGCGAGCAAAGGUGCAAAGCUGCAUAUCACCAACAUUUAGUGAUUCAAACAGGGAUAACUUGCACAGAGCAUGCAUGCCCCCCCAUUACACACACACACACACACACACACACACACACACACUCACAGACACAGCUUGAGACAGCAGGAUGACUGUAGCUAAUAGAGUUUGGCCGAUCCCCCUGCAGGGCUAUGAUGAGAUGGACAAAAAGGAGAGAGAGGGAAGGGAGGGGAGAGGAGGGGAGCCAGACAAGGAAGGAAAGGCCAAGAGAGCCUGGGCUGGAGAUGAGGCGGAUCUGAUGAGUGACAGCCAGGCCUGGCAUGCAGAAGGAUGCACGGACAUUUUGUCUGUGUUUAUCAGGGCUGCAGAGACAUCUGACCCACAGCAUAAUCCCUCUGGGUCGAGGUGGGGUUGCAUUCUCCAGGAGCCAGGCCCCUUUGUGCACAUCUGUUAUAGACCAAAGCCAAGCCUCCCCACACCCUUUCCUUUUUUUGGUGACCUUGAGCAGGAGCUGUCUCAAACCUUGGACAGAGAGACGCAAUGUCCCCCCCUUAUCUGGCUGUAGCCUUGGCACAAAUUUGUUGUGCCAGAGAUGUUGUGGUUCCGGCGGGAGGGUGGCAGCAGGGAAACAUGGCUGCGAAUAUGGGUGGGCAUGAAUUGGCAUGGUAUUCUCUAUACCCUGCAUGACACAGACAAUAAAUAACCCCAAGAUGACCUGUAUAUGUGUUAUUCGCAGUACAAAGUACAAUUCAGCAAAAUGUCUUCCUGCACUUAGUGAUGCCAUAUACAUAACUCCCCUGCCUCACUCUCCCCCCCCCCCCCAUCCACUAUCUUUACAAGGAGGCAGCAUCAACUUACUAAAAGCCUGCAAGAUUGGACAGUGAGGGGGGAAGGAGAGAUACCACCACCCUUCUUCCUUCUGCCCUGCCUGCCGCCACAAACACUUGCUCAUCUGCCCUGUCACCUGUAUAUCCAUAGCCAAAGCACUGUUGGGCUUUUGUAGUCUUGCUGCCCUCCACUCCCGUUGAAAUUAAAUUUCCUGGUUAUUAUUAUUAAUAUAUAAAGAAAGAUCUGUCCCUUCCUCCUCCUUGUACCUUCUGCCUGCUCUGUUGCUGCUUCACACGCCCGGGUCUGUGUGCUUCCAUUUAACAGAUGGGAGCUCCAUCGCCUGCCAGCCCAUUGGACUGGAAAACGGAGCCAACCCUCCAGCUGAAUGGUUCCCGCGCAGCCAGGGCCCGGGGCUGCGGCAGCCCAACAACAGCGAGGCGGACGGCAGCGAGAGAAACUUCAGGGUGAACCUCCACUGCAAAUACGGGCGGCCCAGGUAAGCGGGUGGGAACAAGGCAGAGAGUGGGCCCUCUCUGCUGCUGCUUGCCCCCUGCCGGUAAUCAAACAUGCUUUCGUGUGUGUGUGUGUUUCCAAAAUGAAUGGGGAAAUAUUUUGCAGCCCAGGGGCCACAUUCCCUUCUGGACCACCACCCGUGGGCCACAUGCCAGUGGUGGGUGGGGCCACAGGCAAAAAGAGGUGGAGCAACGAAUGUGAAUUUCACCUUUGUUCAUGAGAAUCCUGAUCAGAAUUCAAGGACAUGUUCCGGCCAGGCAAAAUCACUUAGUGCGGAUGUGAAUCAGGGGCAGUAGAGGGUGUGGUCUGGAGCAGGAGUGUGGCCUAGGGAGUAUUCCAAGGGCCAGUUAGGGAAAGUUGGAGGACUGCAUCCAACCCCUGAUUCCUGAGGAGUCCUACCACUGCUCUAAAAAUUCCAUAUUGAUUUGAACAGGCAAGCAAAGCUAAAUAGGUGGGGGAUGUGGGUUCACUGGAUUGGGCUCAAACUCAAGCUUAGCCUAUGUUUUCAGCAGCAUCAGAUAGUUGAUUGGUCUCUACCACUUGCAGACCAGAGAGGGAUGCCAAUUUUGAAUAGGCUUACCCAGUGUUUAAAACACAGAGAUCUACACAGAGUUCCCUGAAAGCAGAAAACUAGCAUAUCAGAGAGGUCUUGACCUAGCUCUUUGCCUGCCAUGCUAGUCUUUUAUUUGUAGGGAAAGUUUGGGUUUUUUAAACAUUAGUGUAUGGAACCAUUAAGAAAAAAGGUGUCGCCUGGCAUGCUGCCCCAAGUAGUGCCAUGCAUUCAUCUACAAGUAUUUUGCCACCCUUUCUUCUGUAAAUUUGUGUAGUGUUGGCCAAACCUCAGCCCAGGGUAGAGCUGUGACUUCAUGAUGCUUUCACUUCCUAGACAUGUCAUGACUCGGUCCCGUGUUUGCCACUUCAUAAGCAAAUAUCGUCUUGGUUGCAGGCUUGUGUAUGUUGUUGGGAGGGAGCUGGGCCUCACUGCAUGCCAAACGUAAUUCACCAUGCCAGUUUGCUCACAUUGGUUGACCCUUAACCAGACCAUGCAUCCACAAAGCUUGCUUUCUCACCAUAACCUACCUCGCAGGAUGGUUGUGAAGGUAACAUGUCAGGAAAAGGGAAAACUUUGUCUCAUUGGAGGGAGGAGAUAUAUUUUGAAGCACAGUGCAACCAGACAUCUAGGAGAUUUCCCAAUGCUGAUCCUGAGCAUCGAAACACAAGGCUGCAAACAAACUAUUUAAAACUGCAAGAAAAACCGGGAUUCUUGAAUCUCCGUAUAGACCUCUUCUGGCUGCCUUAGGGACUAGAAACUUGGGUUUGUCUUUAGAAAGUGAGCAGAGUCUGAGAAUUCUGAAUGCUCAGUAGUACUGGGUUUAUUCUUUGCACAGUGUAAUGACUGAAUACACACAUCCCGGUUCUUGGCUCCCUAAAGAGCGCUCCCUUUCCUCCUGUUAUCUUCAGCCCUUUUGAUAGAAAGGGGGAGGGGGCUGAGGAAGUGCUCUAGAGGAGAGAGAUCUUGGUUCCUCCAACACCCUCCCUCCCUGCUGCCCUCAAGGGCUCUGUGGAUCCCUGCUGUGCACAGCUACUGCCUCCCUGACCCUUCUCACUCCACAUCUGGCCAAGAGUUGCCUGGAAACAGCGAAGCAGAGGUGGGGAGGGGAGCGAAAGAAGGAGUGUUCUCACAAGAACGGGGUGGGAGUGUACGGAAAAUCAGGAGGAAAGCCAGGUCUGCGGCAGACAUGGGAGUCCUUCCUUCUUACCCGUACUGGACAGUGUCAGGAAGUUUGGAGGCAGGGGACAGAAAAAUCGGAGAAUCUAGAAAAUGAAGCAAAAACAGCCCUUUUGAAAAGAUCUGAGCAGAUCUAAGGCGGAAGGGUGAUGGUCCUUCACAAAGUGGGGAGGAGGAGGAGGAGGAGGAAGAGGAGAGAGGAGCCUGCUGAACGGUGCAGAUGGCUCCUGUAGGUGCAACAUGGCAAAGCCUGCCAAAGAACUGAGGUCACUUCCUGUAGAGGCGCUCUGAGCUCUGGAGCCCUCCUGGAGCUGAGCGAGAGGGAAGGAGGGAAGGCUGUGUCUCGCUAGCAGGCUGGCUGGGGCCUGCAGUGGAAAAGGUUUCAGUGCCAAGACUGAAGGGAAGAGGAACAAGAAGAGGCUGGACAAUACAGUAUGUGAAACAACAUGGGGAAGAUGUUUAUGGGUGGGGGGUUGAGAGUGCAGAGGCACGGGAGGAGAGAAUGGAAGGAGGCUGGACUGCCUCCCUCCCAGCCGCCCCGUUGAAGAGGCACAUCUUGACCUACACUUCUCCAUCUCCAAAAAUACAAUGUGAGCCUCUCUGAGUGAUAAUGUAGCAUAGCUCAUGCCUGUGGAUCCGCCAUUCCAUUCUCUGCCCUACUUGUUUCAUAAGGAAUGGUGUGCGUUGGGAGUCAAAGCCAUUAAUGCCUCCCCCCUCCCACAUGCAGGUGCCCUGGAUAUGUUAACCCUUUCCCAUAGUAGCAUCUUUCCAAAUAUAAAUAAGUAGCUCAGAGUACCCAUCACCUUGCAUGAGGUGGUAAAUCGCCCUGUGAUCCUCAGAUGAAGGGCAGUGUAGAAAUGUAAUUAAUGAUAAUAAAUAAUCCAGCCAAAGUUAAGCAUUAUUUUAAAACAAUUCCUGGGAUUUCAGCAGCACAGACUUUAAUUCCCAAAUUGAAAUCUGUAGGAUUUGAAAAUAUGUUUAGCUGUGCCUUGGUUGAGCCCCAUUGUAUGGAUUAAGCUUUUUCUUUUAGGGGAAAAAGUCAGGAUAGCAUGCCACUUAUCAUUUACCCAUGCACCCUUAUGUUUUGGCUAAAAGAAUUGUACCACUUGCUACAUCAACAUAUUAUGGUUGAGUAGAGCUAUACCUCCCUUCCAUUCUAUUUAUUGCAGUAUUUAUUUCAAGUGGAAACUGCAGCAAAAUUUUGCAGUGUGGAAUGUUCCUGUUCAAAAAGCCUGCCAGCCAUGUCCUUUCCCAGGAUACUCUAUUCUCCCUUCCUACUAGUUUUCUCUACCCUGCCCCACAGCCCAUCAGCAUUCCAUGCCCAUAGAGCACACUCCGUCCUCAUUGAACUUUUGUUGGGAGUGCCUCCCCACAACAUCAAGCAGAAUUUUUCUUCUUUUAAAUUUGUGUUUUUUCUGUAUUCUUUGUUGUUGUCACUUCUCUCUUGUGCAUGGGUGGUGCUGUUUUGGCUACAAAAGGAUAAGCACUUGGAUAAUGCAGUUGCUAUUAGUAUAUAACAGGGGUGUGGAACUUGCUGCCCUCCAGAUGUUGUUGAGCUGCAGCUUCAAACAUCUCUGACCAUUGACCAAGCUGGCUGGGCUGAUGAGAGAUGUCCAACAAUAUCUACAGAUCCAUAGGCUCUCUACUCCUGGUAUAUAGGAUGUAUCUGAUUGUUUUAUUUCUUUAAGAUAGUUGCAUGCUGCAUCUCCCGCUCUCAGAACGGCAUGAAAAACCAACACUUUGUAAUGCAGAAGGUAGCUGUAAAUUAAAAGCAUUAAACAGUAUGCAAUUGCAUUUUUGCAGCACAGAGUGGGACAGGGAGAAAGGAGGCAUUCUGUUGAGCUGGGCUGGCUUGUUCUCAGGGGAAAUGUUCUUCCCUUCUGUUCUUGCUGUGGCUCAGCCUCUUUUUCCAGCACCAGGCCUGGAACCACCUCAGCCUCCUUUUAGUGCAGCCUGCAAGCCUGGAGCUGCUACCCACCAGACUGGAGCCUGAGGGCAUAACCACAUGGCAUUUUCCCAUCAGGGCUUGGAUGCACUCAUUCAGAAUGGCAACUGUGCCUAUCCCCCAUUGGUCCACAUGGCAGACUUUGCAGAGUGGAGAUGGGGAUCAUUGGGUCAGUGGAGGUGGCGCAGUCCACCCAGAGAAAUUGCAUGUAACCUUGGUGGGGGCUGCUUCCCACUUCCAGCUUAGCUCUUUAACAAGAAAUUCCUUCAACACGUUCCUGUGUUUCCCAGUUGUGCAUUGCAAUAUUCAGCCACAGAAUCAGUGGAAGUGUCAAGACUAGGCUGCGUUAGUGAAUUUCUCUGAAUCUAGAUCUGGAGAAUAACAUUUCCAGUCCAGAACCCCUACAGUCAGGAGCUGGGUAAGAGAAUUUACCAGGAGAGGAACGCGGCCAUUAUUUAUAGUAGGCCAGGCCAGGCCAGAGGCUUUGUGCUACCUACUAAUGACAAGGGUUGAUAUUUCACACACUCUAUUUCCUGAGUCCUGAAGAACAUGCAUAUGACCCAUCUAGCUCAGUAUCUUCUUCUCACAGUGGCCAACUAGGUGUCUGUGGGAAGCCUACAAGCUGGACCAGAGUUCAACAGCACUGCCCCACUUGUGAGCCCCAGCAAAUGGUAUUCAGAGAUAUACUGCCUCCCAACAGCUGAGGCAGAAAGUAGCCACUUUGGCUAGUAGCCACUGACAGUCUUAUCCUCCAUGAAUUUAUGUCUACUCUUUUAAAGCUAUGCAGGUUGGUGGCCAUCACUACUUCUUGAGGGAGCUAAUUCCAUAGUUUAACCAGUGCAAAGACCUUGCUAGGUCACAGCUGUCAGAAACAGCUCUAUCUGUGUGCAUUUGCUCCAUGUGGUGAAUCACAAGUUGUUCCUGCAACACUUAUGGGGCAAGUGUCCCAAUGCCUACCACUGUCAGCGCUUUUACAGAAAGUCCUUGCAACACACUGGACUGGUGGAUUCUUUGUUCUAUUCCGUUUUUAACAAAUAAUAGAACUGACAGAACCACACAAAAGGAGUUAGAAUAUAUUCUGUUAGCUGUGAGAUAUACAGAGUAAAGUAUAAAUACCUGAACUCAUUAAAUGUGCUUCCUGGGGAACCAUGCACAACUUCCAAUCUGGUGGAAUCUUGACCCACCAGUUGGGAGUCUCUGGACUGGAAACAUACCUUGUUAAAAACUGAAAGCCAAAAUGUUUCUCAUAUCACUCAUUGAGGUUUUAAAGGAAACUGCCCAGGUUUUGGGAAACAAGGUUAAAUCAUCAUACAAGGGCACACACCGGGCUAGUUGGCUUUAAAACACAGGGUGCAUAAUGACGAAACAUUGCUUGAGCAGUAGGACGCCCUGGAAGUGCAUUCAGUACAGUCUGUUUUAAACAAAACAGAUUUUCUCCCAGGUCAAACUUAGGCGAAAUUGGUUCUUCUGCUUUGCAACAGAAGUGGGUUUUGCACAGCGCUGACGGUCCAGUGUUUGUGGCAAUAUGAAUCUACCUUCCCACCCCCCACCCUCAGUUCUGUUACUUAAAAACAAAAAAAUAUUUUAAAAGCCUUGAAUGGAGUUUCAUUGACGUGAACUUACAAACGACACUUGCCAUAAAAAGGCAGAUAGCCUGUCUGAAACAUGGGGAAAGAGGCAAAACAAAUGACUAAUCAGUGUUUGAACUGGUGGCAUGUACCCCUGCAGAUCAAACUGUAAAUGUCAGAGAAGGUAUGUAUUUGUGCACAGUCACAGAUUCAAGCACCCUGUUGCUCAAAGAGAGCACAGUGCACCAGGAGCUUUUUCAGCACAUCUUGUGGAACAUCUCAUAAGUAGUUUAUUUCAGGAUGAAGGCAGGUCUAACACCACAGAUAGUUUAACAAAGUCCCUCCCCACAGGCUCAUUACAAAGACUCGUCUUCCUCUUUUGGGAAUGACCUCUGCUAAACUAGCUCUGCAAAUUUCCAGCAUGGUGAAUAUAGACUGGGGAGAAGGCAGCGGAAGAAAGUACCAAUUGUCUAGCACCCAUAAUAUGGCCAGCAUAUCUCUCUCACUCCAGUUCCUCCAUCAGUAUUGCAAACUUUAAUGAUGUUUCAUGAAGUAUGGAGAAUGGAUGCAAAAACAAACAUUCAUGAACCAGUUUUUUAAAAAAAUGCAAACAUAACAAUGGAAAGGGCAAGGGGGGGACGUGCUUCCUUUGUACGUUUUGACUGUAUGACUUAAGAGAGGAGAAGUCUCAACCAUCUCAGCCCAUAGCGGCCACAGGAAAGUGCUGACCUCUGCUGACUUCCAGCCACUUCUGUGGCAAUGCUGUGAAAAGAUCCUCCUGGCACAUGUGGGACUCGGUCUGCAUCCUGCCAUUGGCAUCCUGCCAGCACCACAUGUGUAGAGUGGUUUGUGGCAGUGUGUAAAAACAGAGCCAGACUUUGAUUAUCACUGGAAGUAAUCCCACCACUUCCAUUGUUAACCUCUGAGUGCCAUCAGAAGCUCGGGCUUCUGAUUUACGCCCAUUGCAACUAAUAUAAAUCUAGCAACAACAACAAAGUUACCUUCAAAGUUGCUUUUACCUUGGUGGUAUCAGUUGCCCUAUAAAUGGGAAAGCAAAGUAGGUUUAUGGCCCUGGAAACAGAAAGUAAGGCCCCCUGGCAAGGUAUCCAGUUCUUCCUUUGUUAUGUGUGUUUGUAUCCACUAAUGGCUGAGUGAGAUGAAAGAUUUGCAGCAGCCUUUGCCAACCUGAUGCCCUCUGGAUGUUUUGGACUACAACUCCCAUCAGCCCCAGCUCUCCUGGACCCUCAGUUAAAGAGGCUGGUGAGAAAGGAAAGUCCCAAUGGCUCUUUCUGCCAUUUUGGGAAUGUAUUUCUUACCUUGAGCAAAACUUACUUUUAUAUUUUAUGUCCUCUACUUUUUAUUCAUAGCCUGUCCUACCAAUAAGAGCUCAAGAUGCUAUUGUGUUGUUUUUUUAAAAAAAGAAUAUUGCUGCAUAAACACAUCACUUACACAACAGUAAACUUUUAAUAUGUGUUUUUAUUAUUUUAAAGUUUACUGUUUUGUUGAACUUAAUUGUGCUGUUAUUCCCCACCCCAGGGCACUCAGACAUCUUAGUAAUCAAGGACUCUAUCUAGCUUAGUAGUAAAGCACUGCUUUGCAUGCAGAAGAUCCCUGAUUCCACCUCUGGCAUCCCCACUUGAAAGGCUCAGGCACAGGUGAUAUGAGACCCUGGAGAGCUGCUGCCAGUCAAAGCAGACAAUACUUGGCUAGAUGGACACAUAAACUGACCUAGUGUAAGGCAGAUUCCUACGUUCCUAUACUUACCAGACCAUUGUGGAUUGAAUCUGGAACAUUUUGCAUGCAAGGCAGAUCUUCAGCACUGAUCUACAGCCCCUGACUCAUAUUCCCACGCAUAAUUGCAUGGGGGUAUACAAUGUGUUGAACCAGGCAGCUUGGCUGAACUCUGAUUAUCAUAUGAUAUUCUUUCUUUUAUAUCUAUCCAUCUACUUAUUUGAAAAUUAUAUUCCACCCUUCUAAUGCAUAUGCAUGAGUCAGAGUGACUUACAACAAUUAAAAAUCACAAUAUCAUAAUAAAACAAUAAAAACAAUAUAAAAUGGAGACAGGCUCAGCAGAUAAAAACUGAGUUCAUCCCAUUAAAACAGUUUACCUGCCAAGCAACACAAAAAACUCUAUUUGCCUGGCAGUAUUUAGGGAGCCAGUCUCAGUGUAUAGGGUCUGAAACACACACCACACAGCUUGGUUAGAGCCAGCUCAAAUUUCCUUAAGGAGUUUGGGCUGUACAAUUUUAAACUCCAAUUAUUUAUUUAUUAGAUUUGCAUACUGCCCUUUAUGCAUAGAACUCAGGGCAGUUCACAACAUAAAAUUACAAUAUAAAAAACACAAUAUAUAUAAUAUUAAGAAGAAGAAAACCAAACAAAUAACACUGGGCAACAAUUUUUUACUUUUUGAAUGUUGUCUAGAUUUCUACAAAUGAUUUAGGGUAUUUUUGCACUGCUGAAUCAGGAAAUGGCAUCUGUUUCUCUCCAUCAGGUCAGGUUUUUUUGUUAUGUUGAUUUGAAAAAAAUCAGAUCUUGUGACAAAAUCGAUUACAUUUUUGUGGCAUUAUCAGCUGAUUUUUGUCAACACAUAUCAUCCUAAAUAUGUUUUUAAGAGAAAAAAAUGUUUUUCCAACAACAUAUAUUGAUUACCUGAUAGAAACAUUGAUUACUGUAAACUGAAUGGUGGGCAUUGAUAAAGGUAAGUACACGUAAAUUGCAUGUUGCGUCACUAUUUUUCAAACUUCAGGGCUUGAACUUCCGUUUCUUGGAACUCCUGGAAUGCUAAGCGGCAGGGAGGUCUCUCUUCAGAGUCCAACAGUAGUCAGCCAUCAUGACUGCGUCCCUGUGACCCUGAUACCUGGUCUCCAUCUCUCUCAUGUCCUGAUGGAAUCCCUCCCCCUGCUCGUCACUCAUUGAACCCAGGUUCUCAGGAAACCGGUCCAUAUGUGAAAAUAGGUAGUGCAUCUUGAUGCUCAUGUUGCAGCCCAGGUUUCUGAAAGCAGUCAGCAUGUUGUUGACAAGUUCUACGUAGUUUCUGGCCUUAUUGUUGCCCAGAAUGUUCUUCACUACCAGAACAAAUGCCUUCCACGCUUCCAGUUCCACUUCGUUCAUUGAGUUUCUGAACUCUGGAUCUCUGGUGAGCUGACGGAUCUGAGGACCGUCAAAGAUGCCAGUUUUCAACUUCUCCAUGGUCAAUCCUGGAAAAGCCUGGCACAAGUAAGUGAAGCAGUCAACAUCCUUGUCCAGAGCCUUGGUGAACUGCUUGAUUAAGCCGAGCUUGAUGUGCAGCGGUGGGAAGAGUAUUCUGUCUCUGUCCAGAACGUUGAUGACGUUCCUUUCUUUGCAAGGCACCAAUUCCUCCCGCUCAGGCCAGUCCUUCUUCGUGUAAUGCUGAGCACGGUCCCUACUAUCCCACAUGCAUAGGAAACAUGGGUACUUGGUGAAGCCAGACUGUUGUCCCAACAAAAAGUUCACCAUCUUCAGGUCAACACAAAUAAACCACUUAUGCUGAUCAUAACCAAUUUUCUCCAGCACAUACUUCACCGCUUCAUAGUUCUCCUUCAGUGUACUCGAGUGAGCCAGGGGUAUAGAGGCAAACUGGUUGCCGUUGUGUAGCAGAACACAUUUCAGUGAUCGCUUGCUGCUGUCAAUGAACAGUCUCCAAUCUUUGGGUUCGUACUGUGGCACUCCAAGCUUGAGCAGAAGCUGCGCAAUAUCUGCACAGUACACCAAGUCCUUCUCUUCUGAGAAAAAACGGAGGUACUCUUGAUGCCUGUUGCGGAAGAAGCUGAUGUGAGCACUGUCAGAGAGGAGGUUUUUUCCCUUCAAUCUGGAUGCCAACAGUUCGGCAGAGUCCUUUGACAAGCUGAGGUCACAAACUAGAUCGUUCAACUCCUUUUGGGAAAAUGGAUGUGGAGCAUCAUCUUCAAGAACCACUUCUUCUUCUUCAUGUCCUUCAACACUGGAGGCAUCUUCGUCACUAAUGUCAGGAAGUUCUCCGAAGAUAGGCACUGGAAUUUCAUCACAAGGAGCUACAGGACGACGUGCUGAUUGAAGAUCAGGAUACUUGAGGCUGCUCCGGUUCUUUCUGUUGAUCCCAGUCACAUCAACAGUGCAGAAGUAGCAGUCAGUGACAUGGUUUGUCGACUCCCUCCAAACCAUGGGAAUUCCAAAGUUCAGACUUCUCUUGCCAUUGGUCCACCCACGUAGAGUCUUGGUGCAUGCCUUGCACACCAUGUGUGGCACCCAGGCUUUAUCCUUGUCACCAAGUUUAAUACCAAAAUAAGCAUGGUAAGCAACUUUAUGCUUUGCCGCACCAAUUUAUGGAAGAUUUCGAGGUUUUAUGACUUUAAACUAAUCCCUUUUCGACAUAAUCACCCAGAACUAUCAGACCUGAAUACUUCUUGACAUUAAAAUAAUCAUUUUCAAUCAAAACAAUUAUUCGACAUGGCAUUUUACCCCCACCAACUUCUUCUAAAAUGCUCCACACAAGCGUACAUGUGAACAAAAAUGUAAAAAAACGACAUGUGGCCAUAGCUCAAAAACCUGACGUGAUUGAGCAAAACCAAUGUGAUUUUUGGAUUCAGCGCAUCAGAUUCGUCCUAAAUCAACUGAAAAAAUGAAGACAACAAAUUUGUUGUUGACCAGUGUAAUCCCCCCCUCCCACAUUUGAAACGGUAUCAGAUAUCAGAUGUCACUCAACCAAAGGACUUUUGCCUUGUGCCUAAAUGUGUAUAAUGAAGGUGCCAGAUGAACUUCCCUGGGGAGAGCAUUCCACAAACGGAGCCACUGCAGAAAAGGCCCAUUCUCAUGUUGCCACCCUCUGGACCUCACAUGGAGGAAGCACAUGAAGAAGGGCCUCAGAAGAUGAUCUCAGGGUCCAGGUAGGCUCAUAUGGAGAGAAGCAAUCCCUGAGACUAUAAUGACCAAAUGCUCCUCCAGAACAACCCUCUGUACACAGAAAAGUAGCUCUUAAGCUGAAGGCUAGGGGAGAAUCUCUUCCCACUAACAUGCAAGGCUUCUGUCAGCAGGGAAUGCUUUUGAAUGAAGGAACAUUCCGUCAUAUGAACCUCUACCCACAGUCUAAAGUGAUGCAAUUCAGGCAUAAGAAGAGCCUUGCUGUAUCAGACCGAACGCCAAUCCAGUCCUGCCUUCUUUUCUCACAGUUGCCAACCAGAUGCCCAUGGGAAGACAAUAUGGUCGCUCAACCCUGUGAGGACUAGGCCUUCAAGCGAACCAGGACCUGUCCCUACCAUUAGGCAGAGACAGGGUUGCCAUAUACUGAAGAGCAAAGAAGAGGACAGCCCGAGCCACUGCCAGCCCAAGCUGGGGAAAGAGGUGCGUGGGCAUGUGGACUGCCGCCAUGCCUGCACCCCUCUUUCCCCGGCUCGGGUUGGCAGUGGCCACGGCGUGCAGAGCAGCCCAAGCCUGAGCUGCCACACCUGAGCCGAAAAACUCCCCCCAAAACCCAGACAUUUCCUUUAAAAUGUAAAAAUCCCCCUGGAUGGGCAUAUUGGCCCCCCCAAAGAGGAUGUGUCCAGGAUUUCCCAGAUGUAUGGCAACCCUAGGCAGAGAUUGUGGAAGCUCAUGCUCAGGCGGCCAGUAGUUGGAUCAUCUCUAGGACCACCUCUCCCCGAUGAAGCAACCUAGACCUUUCAUUCUUCAUCUGAGAUCCUUCUUUGUCUGCCUCCUCCCAAGGGAGGUGCAGAGGAUAGUGAGAGCCAGUGUGGUGUAGUGGUUAAGAGCGGUGGACUUGUAAUCUGGUGAACCGGGUUCGUAUCUCCGCUCCUCCACAUGCAGCUGCUGGGUGACCUUGGGCUAGUCACACUUCUUGAAGUCUCUCAGCCCCACUCACCUCACAGAGUGUUUGUUGUGGGGGAGGAAGGGAAAGGAGAAUGUUAGCUGCUUUGAGACUCCUUCAGGUAGUGAUAAAGCAGGAUAUCAAAUCCAAACUCUUCUUCUUCUAGUGGCACAAAGCAGGGCUUCUCCAUGGUGGCUCUUUCAUUGAUGAAUGCUCUCCCUGGGAAGCCAUGGCUGCCAUCACUACCUGUGUUAAGGUGCCAGGCAAAAACAUGUUUAUUCAGCUAGGCCUUGCAUAUAUUCUAAGAGGGGAGGUUGAGUUGGAACUGCUCCUUUAUUUGUAUUACAGUGACCAUUUGGGGUUCUUCUUACUCUACAUUUUCUAUUUGUUUUCAGGGCUUGGUUUUUGGGGUUGUUUUUUUUUAAAAAAAACUACUGAUAAAUAUAAGAAAUAACUGCAACAACAGUAGGUGAAACCAACUAAUCCUGCUGUUGCCACCAUCCUCUGCAAAGGCAACACUGAGACUCAGGAGGAGGAUGCGGGCAGUCGGUGCCACUCCCAGAAUGGCUGUGUGUAAGCUGGGCGCUGGCUGAAGGCAGGCUGAAGUUGCCCCAGUAGACGCUGAACUUGCCUCUACUGGGGAGAGCGAAACAGUCCACCCAGGCAGCUGGCUUUGUGGUGUCAUGACAGGACGGCAAAUUAUUACUGGGGUGUUUUGUUUGUUUUGUUUUUUUAUUGCCGGGUGGGGCACUUGUGGAGUUUUCUAUCUCAGGGGCCACAAAAGCAUGACGCUCUUUGGGUGCUGUGUUUUUGGGCUGGUGGGGUUGGAGCAGAGGACGAAGACGCCAUUUGCUGCUCCCCUCCGCCAGUAAAGCCUGCAAAGACAGAGGCGAUACACAUGUUCUGCUUCAUGUGUAGUCAUAGCUCCCUUGGCCUCAGCGUAGGCCGGUUGUCGUCCGUGCAGCCAGUCUGAAGCAAGGCUUCCCCAGACAGACUAGGGUUGCCACAGUCUGAGGGAUGAGACUCGUUUGAAGUGGAGGCCGGCCCUUUGGGGCUAGGCUGGAAUGGUGAAUGUUCAGCAUGGGCCUCCCUUCUCCCCGCCAAGGAGAAAGUUGCACACAAAGAACUUCCAUUCUUUUCCUCAGCGUCACUCUCUUUCUCUGUGUCCUUCCUUCUUUCCUUCCUUCCUUCCUUCUGUCGCCCUUCUUUCCAGAGCGUGGGGAGGCACAGACCGUGUAACUGAUACUAUAUAUAAAAGGGGGGGGGGCCUUCUGGUGCCAGGUGUGCGUUCCCUCAGCCGGCUCUGGGCAAGGAAAGUGCUCUGCUUCUGUCGCACAAAAAGGGGAACCGCACAAAGAGGGCUUUCUGUCAGGCCAGAGAAGUAGCACAGCCAGGUCAGAAAGUUUAAACGGAAAGUGGGAAUAACUUUGGGAGGGGGUUUUAACCAUUUGACAGACAUGGCGGCUUGGAAGGGGAUCUGUAGCUCAUCAGGGACACCUAGUGGAGACGUGGCUGCAAGAGCCUGUAGCCAAAAAUGACUUGUGCUACAUAAACCAGAUACUUGACUUCCUGUUAAUACAUCCAGAAUAUCUGCCUUCCUCCACCAUCAUACAAUCCAUGCUUAUAGUUUCCAUUUCCACCAUUGGCAUGCAUCUGAAAUAUCAACUUUUUUUCUUCUUUUCGGUCAGAGUUACCCACCUCCACUCUCGACAGAGGCUCUGAGCUUUUAAAUGACAGACAGAAAUAAAAACAAUUCAAUUCCCUCAUGACUGCACCUGUUGAAUGUCUGUCUGUCUGAAUGUGAGUGAAAGCUGGGUAGUAAGAGCUACCUGACCCACAUUAAAGAGUGCAGCCCUAAACACACCUACCAGGCAGUAACCACCACUGAGCUCAAUGGCGCUUGAGUAAGCGGUCAUAGUUAAAAUCUUCAUAAGAUGAAGCAGCCAUGUUUGGGAGAGGUGGAUUUUCCUCAGAAUCUCCACUGUAGUGGAACCUCACAAUGACUUGUUUUAUUCCCUUUGAGAAUCAGGGCCAAAACAGGCAUGCUGUGGGAGAGUUGUUAUAUUUGCCUAUAAAGCAGCCAGGGGUGAAUUGAAUGUUUAACCCUUUCCUUGGUGCCAUAUUCUCAAUCUAAAUAGCUCCCCCUCCCACUUAAUUAGCUACAGAAAUAGCUUCUAUUAGCUCUGCAUUAGAACGAAAUGCAGAUAUCUGUGCUGUGCUAGUAUUUUUGUUUGUUUGUUUGUUACUUUAGGGGUAAUAGCAGCAUUUGAGGGAUAUUAGACAGCAAAAACAACUCUUGUUCUCUGAGCACAUCUGCUCCAGUCAGAAAAGGGCAUUGUACCUGCUUUAAAGUGCUUGGGGGUUCCUCCUCCAAAAAAGAAAUCCCCCAUCAUACCUAUUUUGGGGCCCUCAAGGGCGACUGGUGAAGUAUAAAGGUGUUCCAGCAAUUCGUUAUCAGUCAUAGCCCAGAAACACUGUUAAGAGCAACCCUCUCAAAAGAAGGUAUUGGUUUGAGGUGAAAAGGCACAGUGCUAAUGGGAGAAAACCCUUCUGAGGUGGGAUAAUAAUCAGAACCACAGGUGGGACCAGCAAAAUAAUAUGGUGGAGUGCUCCUGUUCAAGGUGUCAGCCAGCCAUGCCUUCUUUCAUUAAGUCACCUUUCCACGCCCACACUGCUUGUCUGUGCAGAACUGGGGCACCAGAAAACUAAGAGGAUAUUUGUACAACUAAAUGCCCAGCUGUAGAUUUGGGUCCCUUGUUGCAGAACGAGAUUGACAUGAGUGAGCCACCGACAGGAAGGACUGCAAAGGGUGGCUCUGAUUGUUCUCCAGGCUAAACUUCUUCUUUUUUGUCUUCCUUCUCCACAGAGAAUUCAAGUGUAACAGCAGGAACAGCAAAGCAGAGGGUGAGUUCUAUGCUGUGGACUUUGUAAUUUCACCCCACUCUUCUCUUGCAAAGCAGCAGUGAAACAAAUGGUGCUGAGGACCCUUCUGUACAGUUCAUUUGUUGUGUAACACAUGCACAUUUGUUCUCCUGCAUUGGGCUCUGUCUGCAUGGGUUGCAUCUGGACAGGAAUAGCCUAACUUCUGCCAUCUAUGCUCUGGUAACCCCUAGGUUAAAUUACUGUAAUGUGUGGUAAAUGGGGCUGCUUCCAAAGACAAUCCAGAAACUGGUGCAGAAUUUGACCCAGGUUGAUCACCAGGGCAAGAUGGUUUGAGCAUAUAGCACCAAUCCUGACCCAGUUCCACUGGCUGUCAAUCAGUUUCUGGGCUGCUGGCUUUGACCUAUAAUGCCUUAAACUGCUUAGGGCCACAAUACCCCAAGGACCAGCUCUCCCCAUGUGAGCCUACACUCAGAAACUGUGCUCAUCAUCUGAGGACCAUCUGGAGGGUGACAACAUGAGAAUGAGCCUUUUCUGCCGUGGCUUCCCAUUUGUGGAAUGCUCUCACCUAGUGCCUUCAUUACAUAUUUUUAGGCACCGGGCAAAAACUUUCCUCUCUAUUAACCAGGACUUUAAUUAUUUGUGGCCUUUUAGAAGUGGGUGGGAUAUUUUUAAUGUAUUUCUCUUUCCUCUUGGUUUUAACGUAUCUAUGUUGGGUUUAUUGUCCGUUUGUUUGUUUGUUUGUUUGUUUGGCUGUAGGUUGCUUUGGGUUGUCCUGGGCAAGAUAAAACGACUAACAAAUUUAAAUAAUAGCAAUAGUCAUACCUCGGGUUGAAUGUGCUUCAGGUUGAGCGCUUUCGGGUUGUGCUCUGUGGCAACCCAGAAGUAACGGAGCACGUUACUUCUGGGUUUCGCCGCUCGCGCAUGCGCAGACGCUCAAAAUUAUGUCACACGCAUGCACAGAAGCGGGAAAACGCGACCCGCGCACGUGCAGAUGCGCUGUCACAUCUUACGUUCCAUUCAGGAUGCGAACGGGGCUCCGGAACAGAUCCCGUUCGCAUCCCGAGGUACCACUGUAAUAGCAUCCUCCAUGAAGCCCCAGAAGUGAAUGCUGUCUUAUAUUGAAGUCUAUCACACACUUCUACAUGAACCAAUUAACAUGACAAACUUAAUGUCUCCUCUUUGCCUGUUCCAGGUCCAGGUUCCACGUUUGCAGAUGUACAUCCCAGCAACUGUUCUGCCAAGAGGCAUGCCGGUGAAGAAGAAUUUAGGAAGCGCCUGAAAUCACAGGGCCCGUCAGUCCCACCAGCAGGAGGCGCCAUCCGCAGUUCUUCUGAUUACUCCCAAGAGCCAAAGUUAUACCAGGCAGGGCACCCUGGUCAAAAGGUUUCAGCGUGUCUGGCUGAAAAAGCCUUGUCAUUCAGCAUGCUCAGCUUUCCUGAAGGUUCCUGUUCAGCAUUAGGCCGUGAGCACAAGUCUAGCUCACUGCGUCAUGCGGAGACGGCUGACCGGUACAAGAGCUUUCACGCCCAUGGCAGCACCAAGGCAGAGGAUUUGCCGUCGGCCAAUGUUCUGGGCUGCCCUGUUGACACCCGGGGCCUAGAUGAGACAGCCACGCAUGACAGAGCUGCCAAGACCUUCUCCAAUGCCACUCUGGCCUCAGGAAGGUGCAACAUUGACAACAUCAUCUCGCUGCUAAAGAGCAAGUGUGGAAAUGGCCGUAUCAACCUCUACCCUGUGGUGCAGCUCAUAGACAUCAUGAAGGAUAUCAACCGCCUCUCCCAGGACCUGAAGAGCUGUGGCGUUCACCUGGACUGCAGUGGCCUAGAGCUUAACAGCCACCCACCACUCAACGAGGAAGGCCAGGAUCAGGGCCUGCAGUACAGCUUCUACUCCUCACCCAUGCUUGCCAGCAGCAUCCGUAGCCCCGAGGAGGUAGCAGUGCAGGGCAGCACCAAAGCUGAGCUGCCCAAGCAGACCCGACCCACUGGCAUCUGUGAAGGAGAGUCAGAGGGGGACACUCAGAGUGCCCACUACCCAGCCACCCAGAGUAGCCCUGCUUUGAAGGCAUCAUCAAGCAGCAUAGAUGAAGCUAGCAGCUCGGAAUCUGAUACCACUGAUUAUCCCGAGCUGGCUGAUACAGAUAUCCUGAGCGAACUGGCUUCUUUGGCAUGCCCAGGCCCCCAGUUAAUAGAUCAUCAACAUCUGGAGCCCCACUCCCAGUUACUGCAAAGCCAGGGGCUAGAUUCAAGGUCCCAGUUAAUUGGUUCACAGUCUCUGGAACACCAGCCUCAGCUAGUAGACUCUAAGUCUUUAGAGCCUCCUCCAGAACCGCUGGCACUGCAGACGGUGGAGCCACUGCCUGCGCCACUGGGGCUGCAGACUCUGGAGCAUUUGGAGCUGCAGAAUCUGGAGCCCUUGUCUGAAUCACUAUCACUUCAGUCCCUGGAACCCCUUUCUGAGCCACUAGAGCUCCAGUCUUUAGGGACUCUGGACCACCAAUUGCUCGACUCCCAAGCCCAGCUUCUGGAUCCGGAAGCCCAGCUGCUAGGCCCCCUGCCCAAGUUGUUAGACUCCCAGCCCCAGCUAGGGACAGAUGAGUCCCUAGGAGCACAUUCGCUGCAGCCCAGCUCCCACCUUGGAGGCUGCUCCCUGAGAGGAGUAGUAAGGCGAGGAGGAGGGCGGGGAAGGGAUGAUCACAGGAAAUAUGCUCUACGUAGAACAGAUAAACCAAAGAUGCUCUGCCGCCGGCGGAGAGGUGGCCGGGGCCGGCGGGCAGAGAUUGUAGCUGAGAACAGAGUCCUCCCCAUGGCUGUACCGGUGGAGGUGGUGAUGGCACAACCAGAUGAAGUCAGGAUGCCGGUGACAGCAGAAGUGAUGGAGCCCAUCGUUUCCCCACUGGAACCUGAAGAUGGCCAGAAACCAGCCGCCAACCUGCAGGUCCAAAAACCCAAGUGCCGUGGAGUGCGAAGGAUGGUGGUGAAGAUGGCCAAGAUCCCUGUCUCCCUUGGGAGGAGGAACAAGACGACAUACAAAGUGUCCUCCCUCAACAGCAACUUGAACCUGGAAGGCAAAGAGCUCACAACCUGCAGCUCGUUGGAGCCAACUCCGCUGCUGAAGAUGAAGAACAAUGGUCGUAAUGUGGUGGUGGUCUUUCCUCCAGGUGAAAUGCCUAUUAUCCUGAAGCGCAAGCGGGGGAGACCCCCCAAAAACCUGAUGCUGGGUCCCUGCAAACCCAAGGAACCCAACCCAGAAGUGAAAAAGCGGAGGAGGAGGAAACAGAAACUGGCAUCACCACAGCCCUCGUAUGUCGCCGACACCAAUGAUAGUAAAGCUGAUUACUCUGAUGUCCUGGCAAAGCUUGCCUUCCUAAACCGCCAGAGCCAGUGCUCGGCUCGUUGCUCCCCGCCUCGCUGCUGGACCCCAAGUGAGCCAGACUCCAUCCACCAAGCCCCAGACACUCAAAGCAUCUCCCACUUUUUGCACCGGGUCCAAGGUUUCCGCAGACGUGGUGGUAAAGGAGGCGGGUUUGGACGUGGAGGGGGCCACUCUGCCCGGUCACCUCGCUGCUCCUUUAGUGAUUUUUUUGAAGGCAUCGGCAAGAAGAAGAAGGCAGCCCCAGGAGCAGCCAUGCAUGCUGACCCUGUUCACCCACGAAAAAGGGGCCGGCCAGAGCCCGACUCCAUGGAGAAGCCGAAGAGGAAGAGGCGGUCUCGCAAGAAUGGGGCACUGUUUCCUGAGCAAAACCUUGGCCAGAACUUCAGUGAUGGGACCUCUGAGUGGGGCGGAGACAAAGAAAGUCUUUGGAUGUCCCAUCAUGGACACCUCUCCAGCCAAGCCAACAGGAACUGCAGUUACCAAGACUCUCGGACCUUUCACUCUUCGACGCUGGAGACGAGUUCAUCCAGUAGGACUGGUUUUUAUGGUGGGAGUAACCCAUCAUCACAGUCCGAGCUAAGCCAGGAGAGACAGAGCCUCUUCACAGGCUAUUUCCGCUCCCUGCUGGAUUCAGAUGAUUCCUCUGACUUGUUAGACUUUGCCCUCUCAAAUACACGCUCUGAGUCACGGAAAUCUGCUCCUUCGUACACGGCUCCUCCUAAUGCCAUCGCUACGCAGAGGGGCAUGGCAUCUUACCCAAGCAGAGGGGGUAAAGUCACGCCCUCCUCCACCACCACUACUGCUACUACUGAGGCACCCUUUCACACAGCCAUGACAAGCCGGCAGUCGUUCCCUCCCAGCCGAUCAGCGGGAUACAGCCUUUCUCAGGCUGCUUCGGAAUGCCGCAGCACAGAUGCCUUUCAGAAGCUGGCGCCUCUCUCUGCUGUCUCCAGGUCACCCACCGCCCACUCCACAGCAGCCUCCAGCUAUGCACAGUACGGCAGCUUCAGCAACAGUGGUGGGCAGAGCGUGACACCUUCUAACUUGUUCCAGCAAGGGAAGCCAUACCAUGCCACACAGGACUGCCCCAACAACAAAGACUGCAGCUUCACCUAUGGCAGUGGCAACAGCUUGCCCUCAUCACCGAGCAGUGCCCAUAGUGCCAGCUAUGCCCAGCAGACUUCGGGGCCCAGCUUGCCAUUGAAUAAGGCCUCCUUCUUCAACAGCUCAGAUCCCAGCCAGUUCUCCAGCUCCUCCCACACGCCCAUGAGGUGCGACAGCCGGGCAAGCACUGUGUCCCCAGGUGGCUACAUGGUCCCUAAGGGCUCAGUCUCCUUUCAGCCCUCCCCGGAGAACUGCCGGCAGUUUCCCAGUGCCUCCCAGUGGGCUUUCCGGCAAGGCUACAGCAACCUGGACUGGAACUCUGAAACCUUCAGCCAGCUUUACAACCCAGGCUUUGACUGCCAUAUCAACGAACCCAAUGUUAUCCUGGAUAUCUCCAACUACACACCCCAGAAGGCCAAGCAGCAGACCGUCUCUGAGACCUUCUCCGAGUCCUCAUCGGACAGUACCCAGUUCAACCAGCCAGCUGGCUACAGAAGGGCCAACAGCGAGGCUUCGUCUAGUGAGGGCCAGUCCAGCCUCUCUAGCCUGGAGAAGCUGAUGAUGGACUGGAAUGAGUCAUCUUCAGCCCCAGGUUACAACUGGAACCAGAGUGUCUUAUUUCAGAGCAGCUCCAAGCCGGGACGUGGUAGGCGGAAGAAAGUGGACAUAUUUGAUGCUGCUCACCUGAACUUCUCGACAGGUGCAUACCCCUCCAAGAGGGGCACGGGGGCCAGGCAGCCACGAGGCUCCCGAGGUGCCUGUGCCUCCAAGAAGGAGAGAGGCACUGGCAAGACCAAGUUCCCUACCAAAUCCCAGCAAGUGAACCCCAUGUUUCAAGACAGUACAGAUUUGGGCCUGGACUACUACAGUGGAGACAGCAGCAUGUCCCCACUGCCCUCCCAGUCGCGGGGCUUUGGGCUCAGCGAAAGGGACCCCUGCGACUUUGCUGGGCCCUAUUCCAUGAACCCCUCCACCCCUUCGGACGGCACCUUUGGGCAAGGCUUCCAGAGUGACUCCCCUGGCCUAGGGCAGGCAGACCUGGACAGCAAGCAUUUCCCCGCCCUGCCCCACCAGCUUGCUGCCCCGCCCCCUCAGCAGACUGUGUUUGAAGCAAGCUUACAGAAAGCCUUCUCGCCCAACUGCUCCCCAACCCUGGCCUUCAAAGAGGACUUGAGGCCCAGCGAUAUCCGCAAGCUCCCGGCCUGCGACUCGCUCAAACACAGCAUGCAAGGGGCUGGUGGCAUGCCCCACCCAGCCGCGCACAUGUCUUGCCGGGACCUGCCCAUGUCCCAGCCACACUACGACUCGCCCAGCUGCAAAAACCCCAACUAUUGGUACUCCCCCACCUCCAGCACCCGCAGCCCUCCCUACGACAACAAAGCCGGGGUUGGGAUGCUAGUGGACUUCAUGGGGAGAAGCCCAGAUGUCUCCUGCCUCAACCCCCACCUGACCAGCCCCCCCAACACCAACCCUUCCAAGAGCGAGAAGGAGCCUAUGGACAUGGCAAGGGCCCACCACCGAGGGGCCUACAUUUGCCCCUUGAUGAACGACUUGAAUAUCUCCCCAGUCCCAAGAGACUCUAUGCUGCCGCUGCAGGACAACUAUAGGUACCCCAGUUUUGCACCCCAAGGGCACCCCAUCAUGACUGCAGCCCAGAAGAGCGCAUUUUUGGGUCCAAUGCUAGAGCAACAUCCUGAGGACACAUUCACAGUCACCUCAUUGUAGUGUCAUCUGAAGUGCCAACCAGACAACGAGGUUUUGUUUCAGGGUAGGUGCUGGAGGAAAAGGGGGGAGGGGGAGGGGACAUGCUUUAAUGGGAGGGGGAGGGAGUCUUGGGCUUGUUGUGUAACUCAGCUUCAUCACACCUGUGCCAGGAAAGGGCUUCCUGGCACAUGAAAGGCGGGACGAGGGGGAAUCAAACCUGGGAUGCACUGUGGCAAAGGGAGGGGAGAAAGGUGGUGGCUUUGAGAUCCUUGAAGCCCCUUGCCUUAAAGCAGAUGUCUGUGUGCCAGCAGUUACUACAUAGGAAUGAGGCCUUUAUAUGACACGGAUGUGCAUGUUAUACAGCUGCAGGCAGAGGUGUAAAUAAGCAGAUAUGUAUUCUGCAUCUUAUGGCAAAAUGUAGGCGAGAUAGCUCUGUGCUAAUGAUGACUUCACAUGUAACAGAAAAAUGCAGUUCCCUGUGUCUUUGUCCCAGGUUGGCGUUGUCCCUUUCUGUAACUUCUGUAGGGUGUUAUGGCUGUCUCCAAGAAGUCAUGGUCAGCAGAAGUUCCUGGACACACAUUUUCAGACACACAAACGCCUUUCAGAUAUUAUAGAAAGGAUGCUGUCACACUGGGGUAGAAACACAGGGACCUGUGAAUUGUCCCUCAAGUUAGCAAAAAGCAAAAUGCUGUAAAUAUAGGAACUAUGUGUACAUAGCCUCAGCUUCCAGAUGCAUGCCUGAACUUGAAGGGCCUUUCACUACUUCCAAAAUGCACUUCAGCCUGAGCUCUAAAGAACCUCUAGGUGAAAGAAGCUCCAUGAAUGAGGGGCAGGUAUUGAGAGUGCCUUUCUAUAAGCUCUAGAGGUGAAAACUGCUAACAGGAGAUUUGGGGGUGAUUUUAGAGAGGGAAAGUAGCUAUAAAGCAAGAUGGAUCCAAGCUAUUUGGUUUAUUAUAUUUCUGUUAUUGCUGUGUUAGCCAUCUUGGGGAUUAUAUGCAGAAAGGC